AUGUACAACUUGAACACCACAAAUAACAGUAUCUCUAUCCUCAACAGCCUCCUGCACACGUCCUCCAGCAGCAGAAGCUCCCUCAGUCCCGACUCUAGCUUUGACGCCUUUCUCCGAUCUCCGACUGGUAACGGUAUGGACCCCUACAUGGCUUCCCUGGACGAUAACCCAGAGGCUUUGUUCGAUAUCCUCACCAUACAGUCUAUGCAGGAGCGUUACUCUGAUUCUGAGAAAACGGAAGUGAGUAACGACAGCUUUGUUGACGUUGCUUUGGUGACGGACCAGGAUUUUGAGAACUUUGUGAGAGAAUUUCCGAUUGAUGAUAGUAUUUCCGAGUGCUUCGCCUCUGACAACUUCAACAGUGCGCCUGCUCCCGUCAAUUCCAAAUACAGACAAUCUCAACCACGACCCAAUAAACUAAAGAAGAAACACAUACCUAAUGGUAUCCAUGACAACCAUAUACUAAGUGACGACGAUGCUAAAUCGAGCGACUCAAAGAAGUCAAAACUAGGGAGCCUCUUUCACCGUAAACCAAAGGUCAAAGAUCAAAACAAGAACGCCAACACUGUAGACAUUCAAAGCGAUGUUCAAGGAGACGAAACAGCGAUUGGGGUCAAGGUCAGCAGAGAAGAGGCGUCACGCAGCCAAAGUUCCCCUCGCAAGCUACCUCCUCUCCCUAGGGUAAAAGGAGGAUCUUCAGGUGGAUCAAUAAAGGGAUCAGUGGACUCCCGAAAAUCAAAGUCGUCUUCUCAACAGGAGGUGAAAUACUGGUUCUCCAUCAUUGAUGUAGAGGAGGAUGAGGAUACGAUUAUUCAGACGCUGACGUCAUGGCCGGAGGGGCGACUUAUGAAGCUUAGGGAUGGCCAGGGAAACACACUACUACACAGGGCAGGAAUGGUUGACAAGGCUAAAGUUAUCACCGAACUCGGAACUCGGUUUCCAGAACUGAUAUAUGAUCUCAACUAUGAUCGGCUAUCUGCCUUAGACGUCUCUGUACAGUCUGGAAAGGAAACGGCCAUGAGCGCACUAUUCAAACUACAGUACGGCGAUGAGGCGCCACCGUCAGGGAUUGUAAGCAAACUGCUGGAAGUAGCGGCAAAGAAGGGAGAGUGUGGCUGUCUUGAGAAGUUGCUCAGCUUCCUGUCCAGGGAUGGAGGGGGGCAGUUGACUUUACCUAAGAACAGGGGCGGUGACACAGCCGCGCAUGUCGCAGCAGCCCAUGGUCACGUGACGUGUCUACAUGUGCUGAUAGAGCAAGGUUUCUCAGGUUGGACAGAGAACGCUGAAGGUUUACAUCCCUUGCAUGUGGCCGUGCAACAUCAUCAGAUGGCGUGCUACCACUUCCUGCUUCUCCACCAGUGUUGUAAAUGUCUGUUACGGGACCACAAGGCGGACAGCCUUACUGCCAACAGAAUUCGAUCAAGCAGGAUAACCACUCAAAGUGCCAUUGAACAGUUGGAACAGCGUCUUGUGUGCCAUCAGAAAAACGUGCUGGACACACUGACCACCAGUGCGGAAACACAAUUAACUAUCACCGAGAGUCUGACCAAUCUCUAUGGCAAGGUGGAGGGACUGCUGGAUGGCAUGGACACGGAACAUGGCGGACAGUUGAGGACACAGCUGGACAAUAUCCGGGCAGAGGGAGAGCGCCUGCAGGACCUGUUUGAGUUCUCUCCCCUGGCCAGCACCAGUGAACUGUUGUCGAAAGUGCUGAAUGACUUCUCUAAGCUCACUUUAGACUCUGAUCGAUUGGAGGGCGAAAGUGAGAAUGUCGGCAAUGAACUCUCAUCGACAUCCUUCAUAUCGAAAGUUGCUGAAGAGGUACAGAAAAUUUUACCUUCAAGUAAAAAUGUUCCAGGUGAUAUUGACAGCAUCAUUGGCACAAUUUUGUCAAGACCAAUUAUUAACACAAAUGUUCAGAUACAGAAACAGAAACACGUGCGUCCACCAUACACGACAGUAAGUGCUAGGUCUAAAGAAACUUCUGAUGUGUCAGAAGUAGCUCCAUCAAAUACAGUGAAACCUAGAGAAAAAGAAGUGAAAUUCUCCAACGUGUUACCCACAAAUCGUCCACCAGAACAGCAUCGCGAAAAACAGCUUGUGGUACGUGAUGCUCCUUUGUAUGCAUCUAGAUACAGUUCACGGCAGCUUCAAGACCGAAUGUUUCCUCGUGCCGACCAAGAGUCAGUUUGUUCAAAUACGCUAACACUGACUUCUGGUAUAACAGGAACUGAACGGACCUCGGAUUGGACAUCACGUGUUGAAACAUUAAGUGCAGAAUCGAGUGACUCGGAAUCUGAUUGGUGGGAAGAUUCACGGCACAGUGCUCCAAGGUGGCGUCACAGAAGAGCAGAUGAAGAUGAGGAGGAUGAAUAUUACGACGACGACGAUACUUUUUCUGGCAACAACGUGGUGCUUAAUUUAGAAAACGAGGACGCUCCAGAUGAGGUGCUGCGGGAACACCGACUUUCCCAACACUUGCAAGCUAUGAAACGGUUUAACACAGAACGGACUGACCUGGUUGAGACUGUGGUAACAGCUAGUGGACGGAGACUGGGAGGACGGGUCAGACCGGACCCGUCUUACAUACACAACCCAGAUCUUCGCCUAAGUCACCAUCGAUACAACCAGCAAGAGGCCAAAUCAGACUCGCUUCGCAACGGAAAGAUUAAAGACCGACAGAGGUCAAAGAUCAAAUUGUUCAGUGAGGAGGACAUACAGGGACCUAGUGAACUGACACAGUCAGAGUUUCUAGACAGUUAUGGGCGGACAGCGGGCGAGUUUGGACGGACGACAGAAAAACAGGAGAAACGUUGGGACGAGGUUUCAUUGACA